CAUGCUCUGUAGCCGCGACGAAGCGGGCGAUGGCGGAUGAGAUUGAUUAUCCAGGGUUGGCAUUUUUCCCGUGGGGCGCGAAGGUCGCGCGCCUGAGUGGCCGCGCCCUGGUUGACCUGCGCGGGUGCAUCUUCGCGGCCGGGAUCGCCGAUGCGAAUGGCGGCGUGCGCGUUGCGUUCCAGUGCGACGUCCUGAAUCGCUCUGCCACGGCAAAGGCGCUGGAGGAAGGGGGCGGGGCAUCUCCCGGUUCUUCGGGCGCGGAUCGCGACGCGGCCAAGGGGGCCAAAGACGUGGUCGAGAAGAAGCAUUCAGGCGCGGGCGCGGCCGCGGCGAAACAGGGGCCCCGGGGUCGGACAAUUGCCCUCGGGGAUGGCGCCGUGGCCCGGCUCGUCGCCCAUCGCGGGCGGCGACGAUGUUCGGGGCAAGGCGAGGGCAAGGGUGAUUGGAAGUCGAGCGGGGACGCGCUCCGGCGCCCCACCUCGCCUGUCCGGGAGGACAAGUGGCAGGGGGCGCCUCCCGCAGCCCGCCGCGCAAGGGCCAGGGGGGCGGGCGGGCCGCCGGUGAACGUUGGCUACCGCCGACGGCUUUGCGACGUCAGAGUCUGCAGAUUCAGGCUCGCGCAGCGUUUCUGCAUCGCGUGCCGGUUCAAGGCCAUCCUCGCGCUCCCCUGA